GCUUAAUCAGUAGAAUACUGGCGACAAGCAGACUACAGAAACGCUAUAACAGAGUUAAAAUUACAGAGCGUUGUUGUCAGUUCAAAUCUAAAAGUCAUUUCCAGAGCCGCACCCGGUGAUUUUGACUUCCAUCGUCAUCUAGAAGGAAACUCUCAAUCGGUAUGCAUCCCGCAUUCAAACAUGCCAGACGUAUUAGGUACCCCGUCGCCGAGGGCCUAGGCUUCGCUUCACUCGUGGUCGCUGUCUCGGACCUCAUGCCACAUACGGCUAACGGUGUUCAUCUCCAAGGCCCGAGUAGUUCGAAUCAUAUUAACGCCCAUCUCCUAGUAAGUGUUACAAAUAGGAUUACACAGCGUGCAUUCAGAACCGCCCCAACAUCUACUACUGCUACGUUAGAGGAAAUAUUUCCAAACUUCUCUCAUACCACACAGAACUCAAUAGCGCAGUGGUCUUGGUUGCGUUCGAAGACGUGAACAGGUACAUAUGAAGGUGAACCCUCUCAGAUCAGUCCUACAAGUCUGAUUGGCUACUGAUUCGACUGUUGGCAGUAUAUAUGCAGUAUACUCGAAUACGAGCCGCUGGCGAGUCCAGUAGACUCGGCUACACUAUGGGUGAUCAUUCAUACCUCCUGCAUCGCUAGACACGUCACGCUCAGUGCAAUUCCGACUUUGCCUCAUGAUGUCACACUUGAAGGAUGUCUGGACUACCUGCGGCUCACACUGGAUGUUAACUACCUAAGGUGGGACAGCGGCACUUUAGGUCAGUUCGCACACUAUUCUCAUAUCUAUAGUAUUCCAUAUGUAGCAAGGCCCAUGUGCAAUUUACUAGAUUACUUGUAUUAACUGCUAUACCAGUACUACAAGCUGCACAUCGUUAUGCCCUUUCUUCGUGUGAGCACCCUGCAGUAGAUGAUCAAAAUUGGACUUGCGUUGUACGUGCCAGUCGUUUCCAAACUUGAUAACUAGAGGAAUGAUUUGAAAUGCUCCUGUCGAUACACGGGACUCGAAUUUUAGAUCAUGCAAAGUCGAAGAGCGCAUUGAUCUGGGUUACCUCGAUAUAGAUAUCUGAAAAGAGCAAUUCAGUCGAGUGUGCGAAGUAGACUAUUGAUUGUUGUAGUGAAUGUGAUUUUAUUGCUUUUAACACUGUAUGACAUCAUCAGCUUCGGUGUACUUGAUUAUCAACCACCUCGGUAUUACUUGGUGGUCAAUCGAAUCGGUACGCGACGGGAAGAAAUAUAUUUAACCGAGGAAAUAAUUAAAAUGCAUACAAGCCGCCUG